CUUCCGCACUUGGCCCGGCGCUUGAACAAGUGGUGGAACCAGGCAGCUACGUUAUUUGCGUAAAUCGACAUUGGUGGUUCAUUCAUUUGCGGCACUGUCACAGGGCGGUGGUACAAGCUUGAUCACACUAGGCGGAACGUAUCAGAGGCAAAAUGUCGACACGACGGAUCACACAAGAAACGUUUGAUGCUGCUGUGAGGGAAAACAUGGAGGAGUUUGAGAUGGAGCCCGAUGAAGCUUUGCGGGAUGCUGUGGAGCAGUUUGAGUCUCAAGAUGUGGACCUCAGUUGUAUAGUAAAAGCUGUACCAGUUGCGUCAUCUGAUGAUAACCAAGAGGAGCAAACGCACGAGAUAUUACAGGCUUUGGAUUCCCUCAGAAUUAGAAGAGACUCUGAUACUAUUACAGAAGUGAUAGCAGACAUUAAAUGCUUCACUGAGCAGUGCUCACUUGGAUUUGCCCAGAGGUACCUGGCUGCUCAAAAAGAUGCUUACCCCAUCAUCCUCUCCUACUGCAAAAGAAGUGUGGAGGAGCAGGAGACUGUGUUGGCCGCUCUGUCUGCUUUAGCUGCACUGACGGAUGGACAGCCAGACUUGUUGGAUGCAGAGGGCCAGCAGUUCCUGUUGGAUGUGCUCAAGAAGUACAGGGAAGAUUUGUCAGUGACAAGUGUAGCGAUCUUGACUGUGCGCCGUUGCUGUUUGAAACAUGAACAAAACAGGCAGGAUUUGGUCAAAGCUGGAGUCUUGCCCCUACUGACCACUGCUGCCACGCGACAUAGCGACUCUGCAGAGUUGGUGAAGGAAGUGUCUGCAGCUCUCAGGGUCCUGACCUUUGAUGAUGAUGUGCGAGUUACAUUUGGGCAAGCUCAUGAACAUGCCAAGAUGAUUGUUCUUGAGCAUAAUGGACUGAAGGUCUUAAUUGAGGCCGCAAAAGCUCAUCUUGAUAAUUCAUCUGUCCUGAGUGAGCUCUGUGCAACUUUGGCCCGUCUGGCUGUCAGGAAUGAGUUCUGCCAAGACAUCUGUGAUCUGGGAGGGUUAAGACUCAUGAUGAGGUUGCUUGCGGACUCCUAUGAGAUAGCGGAGUUGGUUCGACAGGUCCUAAAUGCAAUACGAGCUGUUGCAGGAAAUGAUGAUGUGAAAGAUGCGGUUGUUAAUGCUGGUGGAGUCCAGCUGAUUGUUAUUGCCAUGAACAGGCACACAAGCAACUCUGCUGUGUGUGAGCAGGGCUGUGCUUGUCUUUCUGUCCUUGCGUUGCGUAAACCAAACCACUGCCAAGUCAUCAUGGAGAAUGGAGGUGCCCUGGCUGCAGUGCAAGCUAUGAAAGUACACACUGGUGUGGUUAAUGUGCAGAAACAGGCAUGUAUGCUGUUGAGGAACCUCGUUUCACGUACUCGCGAAUACAGCCAACUGAUCCUGGAGAUGGGAGCAGAGGCCCUGAUAACUCAGGCACACAACACCCACCGAGACAGUGAUGAUGUGUUCAAAGCAGCCCUUAGAGAUUUGGGAUGCCAGGUGGAGCUUCGAGAGCUGUGGACAGGCAAAUCUGGCAACCUCACCAGAGACUAGUGAGCUUUGCAAACAAAUGUAAUUUUCAGUUUUGUAUCAUGUCUUCAUUGGUUAUUAAAUGUGAGUUUUGUGCCAUAGAUAAUUAUACAUUUAUUUGCUGCUCAUUUCCAUGUUGGCAGAACCAACUUUUAACAUCUAUUAAAUGCCUUAUAAUGUUUAUUUAUAUUUAACAUUGCUACUUUUGUUUUCCCAUUUUUUUUUAUGCAUUGCCCAUGUGUAAAACUGAAAUUUAGACCAAUCACAACAAUAUAUUCAACAUGAACAUGACAAAACUGUCUUUGGGUUGAUACUUCUAGUGUACUUUAUUUUAUGUCCUCUACAUUAGGGGUUCCCAACCUUUUUUCCUUGAAGCCCCCCUUGCUCGUGUCCAGGACAAACCAGGCCCCCCGACCUGAACCCUUGUCCAGGGCACGCACACAAAAAGGAAUAAAGUAAAAAUAUGCAUAAUUGCAAAAUCAUAUGCAAAAUUAAACAGUAGUUGUAGGUUUUUCUUCCUAUUCUCACAGUGUGUAUGGAUAAAAAACUGUUCUGUUCUUCCAUUAAAUCAAAACCAUGGUA